AUGUCCAAAGUGCCUGUCCCUUCCCACUUCAAGAGCACAGCUGCCACCACUCCUGGCACCUGUGGUUAUGGCUUCCAGAGCCCCCUCAAUGCCCGUGAAGCCCUGAGGGCGGCUGAGCUCUCCUGGGCAGUGUUCCCCAGCGGGGAGGGCCCCUGCCUGCCCUUCCUUUGCUGCCGCAGCAAGCUGAAGGGCCCCCCCUCGCCCUCGCCCUCCCGCUGGGGCUUCUCCCGCUGGGCCUUGGCACCAGGGUUGGAUCUAGGGAGGGGCAACGGGGGGCGCCUGACCUCGAGCGGUGGGCAGACGGGGGUGGCAGCGCCGCCGCUUUUGCUGGCGGUGAGCUCUGCCCUUCUUAGCUUUGCACGUCUUUUCUUUCCGACCUCUGCAGUCUGUGAGAGCAUGGUCAUUCGCACGGAUGUCUCCCAGUUGCAGAAGCUGGAGAACUGCACCGUCAUCGACGGCAACCUGCAGAUCCUUCUGAUGUCCACCACCAGCAGCGAGCACUUCCGGCGCCUUCGUUUCCCCCGCCUGGUCAUGAUCACGGAGUACCUGCUGCUCUUCCGGGUCUACGGGCUGGAGAGUUUGCGCGACCUCUUCCCCAACCUCUCUGUCAUCCGUGGGACCAGCCUCUUCUUCAACUAUGCUCUGGUGAUCUUUGAAAUGCCCCAUCUGCGUGACAUCGGCCUCCACAGCCUGACCAACAUCUUGAACGGUUCUGUGUACAUCGAGCGCAACCAGGAGCUCUGCCACAUCUCCACCAUCGACUGGGGGCUGCUGCAGCCCCAUUCGUUGGAGCAGAACAUCAUCUUGCGCAACAAGCCUGCGGAGGAGUGUGCAGACGUGUGCCCGGGGAUCCUGGACGUGGAGAAGCCCUGCGUCCAGACCCAGACCAGCACUGAUGGCCGGAUGGAGUACCGCUGCUGGACCUCCAGCAACUGCCAGAAAGUGUGCCCGUGCAAAGGAGGAGCGGCCUGCACCAGCUCGGGCGAGUGCUGCCACCCCGAGUGCUUGGGCAGCUGCAGCCGGCCCUGGGACAACCAGGCCUGCGUUGCCUGCCGCCACUUCUACUUCAACGGCCUCUGCCUGCGCUCCUGCCCAGACCUCACCUACCAGUAUGAAGGGUGGCGCUGCGUGACGGCCGAGCACUGCGCCAGCCUGCGCAAGGUGUCCGAGAAUCCCCGGGAGUCCUCCAAGUUCGUCAUCCACCAGAAGGAGUGCCUCUCGGAGUGCCCCUCCGGCUACCAGACGAACGAGAGCAGCAUCGUCUGCCACCCGUGCGAGGGCCUGUGCCCCAAGGAGUGCAAAGUGGGCACCAAGACCGUGGACUCCACGCGGGCAGCGAAGGACCUCUCUGGCUGCACGCUGGUCGAGGGCAACCUGAUCCUGAACAUCCGCCGGGGGGACAACCUGGCCUCUGAACUGCAGCGCAGCCUGGGGCUGAUUGAGACCAUCACCGGCUUUCUGAAGAUCAAGCACUCUUUCGCCCUCAUCUCCUUGUCCUUCUUCAAGAAUCUCAAGCUCAUCCGGGGGGACUCCAUGGUGGACGGGAAUUACACUCUGUAUGUUCUGGACAACCCCAAUCUGCAGCAGCUGUGGGACUGGAACCACCACACCCUCUCCAUCCCUGUGGGCAAGAUGUACUUUGCUUUCAACCCGAAGCUCUGCCUCUCAGAGAUCUAUCGCAUGGAAGAGAUCACAGGGACGAAAGGCAGGCAGAACAAAGCGGAGAUCAAUCCCCGGACCAACGGUGACAGAGCAUCCUGUAAAACCCAGACCCUACGCUUUCUCUCCAACAUCACCGAGUCGGACCGCAUCAUCCUGAAAUGGGAGCGCUACCAGCCUCCGGAGUAUCGAGACCUCCUGAGCUUCAUUGUCUACUACAAGGAAUCGCCCUUCCAGAACGCGACGGAAUAUGUGGGCCAGGAUGCCUGUGGGGCCAACAGCUGGAACGUGGUGGACGUGGACCUUCCGCUGAACAACGACCAGGAGCCGGGCGUAGUUCUGCAGAACCUCAAGCCCUGGACCCAGUACGCCAUCUUUGUGCGGGCCAUCACCCUCACCACCGCCGAGGAGGGGCGCAACUACGGGGCCCAGAGCGAGGUGGUCUACAUACGCACCAUGCCUGCAGCUCCGACGGUGCCGCGGGAUGUCAUCUCCAUGUCCAACUCGUCCUCCCACCUCAUCGUGCGGUGGAAGCCCCCCACCCAGCCCAACGGCAACUUCACCUACUACCUGGUCUUGUGGCAGCAGCUGGCGGAGGACUCCGAGCUAUACGUCAAUGACUACUGCCACAAGGGCCUCCGGUUGCCCACCAGCAGUGCCGACACCCGCUUCGACACGGACAGCAGCGAGGGGCUCAAGGGGUCUGAGGAGGAGCACUGCUGCCCCUGCCAGAGUCCCGUGGGGCAGCCCCCCCUGAGGCCAGAGUCCUUCCAGAAGACAUUUGAGAACUUCCUGCACAACUCCAUCAUCAUGCCCAGGUCGCCCUGGAAAGUGAUUGCCGUGAACAAGAACUCUUACAGUCGGUACCGGAUGCCCAAGAGGCGUAGGGACACCAUGGCACUGAUAACCGGGUUUGGCCACGUCUUUGCCAACACAUCCUCUCCAGAGACUCUCGGGAAUGCGCCCCACCUGAACCGCACGGGAACCGACUCUAAAGCCGAGACAGAAUUUCGCAUCUUUGAAGAUAAAGUGGUUCGGGAUCGGACCGUAAUUUCUCACCUGCGCCACUUCACAGAGUACCGCAUCGACAUCCACGCCUGCAACCAUGCGGCACAGACCGUGGGCUGUAGCGCCGCCACCUUUGUCUUUGCCAGGACCAUGCCAGAGCCUCACGCAGACAAUAUUCCUGGCAACAUGACCUGGGAGCCGGCCAGCAAGAACAGCGUUCACCUGAGGUGGGAGGAGCCCAAGAACCCCAACGGCCUCAUCCUGAAGUACGAGAUCAAGUACAGCCGGGAGAACGAGAAAGUCAUUGCUGUGGUGUGCGUUUCCCGACACCGCUAUUCGCGAUAUGGAGGCUACCACCUUGCUCUGCUCCAGCCGGGGAACUAUUCUGCCAAAGUUCGAGCCACUUCCUUGGCGGGGAAUGGUUCGUGGACUGGACUCAUCAAGUUUUACAUACCUGGGCCAGUAGAGGAAGAGGAGCCCGGCAACUUCUACAUGCUGCUGACCCUCAUGCCGGUCGUCCUGAUGGUGGCCCUCACCUCCCUGGCCGUCUUCGUCUUCUUAUACAACAAGAAAAGGAGCAACGACGGAUACCCCACUGGCACAAUUUACGCCUCCGUCAAUCCUGAGUACUUGAGUGCCUCAAACAUGUACGUCCCGGAUGAAUGGGAGGUGCCCCGGGAGAAUAUCCGGGUGCUGCGGGAGCUGGGCCAGGGCUCCUUCGGGAUGGUCUACGAAGGGAUCGCCAAGGACCUCGAGCAGAAGGGCCAAGAGACCCGAGUCGCCCUGAAGACGGUCAACGAGUCAGCCACCCUCAGGGAGAGCAUCGAGUUCCUCAACGAGGCCUCUGUGAUGAAGGCCUUCCGGUGCCACCAUGUGGUCCGACUCCUUGGCGUGGUGUCCCAAGGGCAGCCAGCUCUGGUCAUUAUGGAACUGAUGACUCGAGGAGACCUGAAGAGUUACCUCCGUUCGCUCAGACCAGAAGCAGAGAAUAACCCUGGCCUGCCUCCCCCCUCGCUGAAGGACAUGAUCCAGAUGGCUGGUGAAAUCGCUGACGGCAUGGCCUACCUGAAUGCUAAGAAGUUUGUUCAUCGGGACCUUGCUGCCCGCAACUGCAUGGUGUCCGAAGACUUCACCGUGAAGAUUGGAGAUUUUGGCAUGACCAGAGACAUCUACGAGACGGACUAUUACCGCAAAGGUGGGAAAGGUUUGCUGCCCGUCCGCUGGAUGGCCCCGGAGUCCCUGAAGGACGGGAUCUUCAAUGCGCAGUCAGACAUCUGGUCGUUCGGGGUGGUGUUGUGGGAGAUCACGACGCUCGCAGAGCAGCCCUACCAGGGCCUGUCCAACGAGCAGGUCCUGCGCUUCGUCAUGGACAACAGCGUGCUGGAGAAACCGGAGACCUGUCCUGAGAAACUCCACGAACUGAUGAGCUGGUGCUGGCAGCAGAACCCCCGCCUGCGCCCCUCCUUCAUCCAGAUCCUGGAGAGCAUCAAGGACGACAUGAGCGCCAGUUUUCACACGCACGCCUUCUUCUACAGCGCGGAGAACAAGCGCCGCGGCUCCUGGGAGACGUCAGAGACUGAGAUGGAUCAGCUGCUGGAGGCGGAGGAGAUGCCCGGCUUGACGCCACCCCCAGACCCCCUGCCCAACAGCAUGCCCCUGCUCGCCCUGGGCCCGCACAGAGACCCCGGCCAGCCGACAAACUUCAGCCACACGAACGGGAAGCCCCGGCUCUGA